CCAUUACUUGAAGAAGUGCUUCAAAUUUACCCACACACCACUUUCUCUCUCUCCUCUCUCUCUCUUAAAACAAUCCUCACGGCGGAGAGAAACUCAACAAAUUUCUUGAAAUCUCCAUAAAUCGUGGUGGGUCGAGGCGUCUGAAAAAAAAUCGAAAAUUUUGGAGAGGGAUGGAUAGCUUGCUUUGUGACGAAUUGAUUCAAGAAAUUUUCCAGAAGCUGCCGGCGCCGUCGUCCUCCGCCGUGUCUCUGGUGUCGAAGCGGUGGCUCCGCCUUUACCGGACCUCGAAAACCGCCCUCUCUCUCCGCCUCUCCGAUCACGAUUCCUCUGUUUCAUCUCUCUCUUCUCUCCUCUCCCACUACCCCUUUCUCUCCUCCCUUUCGAUUCUCUCCGCCGACUCCACCGCCGCCACCGCCGCUACUCUCUCCGCCCAAAUCCUCUCCGAAAUCCGCAAUUUCUGUACGAAGCUCCGGUCUCUGAGGUUGCUCGCCGGCCCUGUUGCUCGCUCAUCACUUGUUUCUCUCUCAUCGGCUUGUAAUCGUCUCAAUUCUCUCUCUAUCAGCAUCUCCCGGCCGUUGAAUUUCCGGUGGGUGGUUAAUUUUCCGGCUCUGAGAUCACUUUCGAUCUCUGUGAGCUCCGGCGAGGGUUUUGAAACAGGGUUAAAUUACGGCGAUUGGGAGUGGGAAACGGAGGAAUUGGGGCUUCAAAGCCUCUGUUUGUCCGGCCUCCGCGCCGGCGAUUGGGGCGCCGGGUGGCUGUGGCGGAGCUGCAAGAAUCUCCGGCAAUUACGGCUUCGGGGCUGCGAAACCGUCGGCGACGGCGGAUCCUUCUCGUCGUUCGUCGAGUGCUUGCCGGACCUCCGAGAAGUGGAGCUACGAACUUGCCGGAGCAUAGCCGACGGCGUUCUGCUGAAACUGGUGGAGAAUUGCCGGAAUUUGACCUCCCUUCUUGUCUACGACGGCGGCAGUCGAGAAGGUUUGCUCCAAUUUCUAAGCCACCAUCGGAGCAAUCUGCAAACUCUCGACCUCCGUCUUCCCCUUGACCUCGACAACGAGCAUCUUGUCGCCAUUGCCACGAACCUCCGCACAAGUCUCUCAUCUCUUCGGCUACAAAGUUGCUGCCUUGUUACAGGCGAUGGCUUGAAAGCCAUCAGCGCUACCUUUGGCUCUCGCCUCGAGGAAUUAGCACUAAUAAAUUGCGAUGUUGUCGAGAGAGAAUCCGGGUUGUUGGCCACCAUGGGACAAAGCUUGAAGAAAUUGAAGAGACUCGACUUGUCUUACAACGAGAUGUUGCUUGACAAGGACUUCAUCUCCAUGAUCGUCUCUUGCAACUCUCUUACAGACCUCAACCUCCGAGGCUGCAAAUGCCUCACUGAAGCUGCUAUUGUUGCAGUGUUGAAGAGUUGUAAGAAUUUGGACACCAUUGAUAUUGUUCAUUGUUCUGGAAUCCAGGCCAAGACAGUAGAGCUCUCUAUCUUAAAUUUACCCAAAUUGAGACUGCUCAAAGUUGAAGAAGAUAAGGUUUAUGAUGUCGUAAGGACGUCCGCAUCACGCCGCUUUAUCGACAUUGUUUUUUGACAUGGUGAGUAAUCAAAACUUAUUCAACAUGACCACUCCUCCUAAUCAUUGGAUGCAUGAUCGUCAAGUCACAUCGUCGUCAUUAUAGUUGCCGUUUUUAAUUUACUCUCAUAUACAUCUACCUUGCAUAUAAAUAAUUCAUAAAUUAUACUUCCUGUUUCUUAUUUAUGUGUAUGAUUUGUGGUAUUUGUUGGAUUAGAAGGUCCCUUCUGCUCAGAAAAACAAAGAAGUUAAUGAGUUGGAGUUGGA